UUUGCCCUCUCGACGGCCGAAUCUGCUUCAGAGCAAGCCAUGAGAGCAGCAGCUGCCGUUGCUAUAUUCGUUCUCGUUGUCGGUCUGAUCGUUGUCUGGAGUCUACUGAGACUGCAAUCACCAGUCGGAGUCCGUCACCUGGCUAGUGUCACAUUGACAGAUGGAGGAGAAAAAAAGCAAAAACAGGUCUCAUCCGACGUUACGAGUAAACACUUUCGACACCGUCUAGUACACAUCGACCUAAAAGGAGCUCCUCCUAAAAUGUCGUAUUUGCUGCAACUUCUGCCUCAUUUUAAACAACUAGGCGCCAGUGGUUUGUUGGUAGAGUAUGAGGACAUGUAUCCCUACGAGGGAGAGCUGAAGGUGUUGCAACGGAAAGAAGCGUAUAAAAAGGAGGAAGUGUUGGAGUUUAUCCAAAGAGCAAGUGCCCUUGGGUUGGACAUUGUGCCCUUGGUGCCAACGUUUGGUCAUCUUGAAUUUGUAUUAAAACAAUCAAAGUUUAAAUCUAUUCGAGCAUUGCCUGAUGACUUGUCUGCACUGAGUGCAACUAACAAGGAUUCUCUGGGUGUGGUCAAGAAGUUGAUUGAGGAUGUCAUGCGUCUCCAUCCUCGAUCGAAAUGGAUUCACUUGGGUGGAGAUGAAGUUGAUAAUCUGGGGAGGUCUAAAUCGGAUGUGCAAUCGAAACUAGGCAAGGAUGAUUUGUAUCUUCGACAUAUGAAACUUGUGUUGGAGUUUGUGAGGGAAAGGUUUAAUGGCACCAGGUCAAUCAUUUGGCAUGACAUGUUAGUUGACUGGUCGAUAUCUAAACUCAGCGAGUUGGCAAGUCUGGCCGAGCCUAUGUUGUGGGAGUAUCAGCCGCAUGCUGACAUGUUUAUGGUCGACGAAAUGUUGAGACGAUUUUCUAGUGCAUUUCCUCGAAUCUGGGCUGCCAGUGCAUUUAAAGGGGCUAGCGGUCAGCUGACAGACUUCGUACCUAUUACUGAACGAAUUCAGAAUCAUGUGUCGUGGAUGAGAAUCCUGCAGAAGUUUCCGGGACCCGGUCAACUUGUUGGAAUUGCUCUAACUGGCUGGUCUCGUUAUGACCACUUUGCUACAUUCUGUGAACUUCUUCCUGCGGGUAUACCAUCACUUGGCAUCUGCCUUAAAACACUAGAAUUUGGGUAUCUAAACGAUUUCUCUCAUAGAGAGAUUUCAGAGCAACUGGGCAUGGACUAUUUGGUUCCUUUGGAUGCAGCGGAUGCUUUGCAAUUUCAAGAUGGUGCUGUCAAGUCUGGCAGUGCUUUUCCUGGAAGUGAAAUCUAUUAUUUAUCAAUACGUCUUUUGAGAGCUCAGAAGCAAAUGAAUGAGGGAAUUAAUAUUGAUCAAGGUUGGUCAUCACUGUGGAAUGUUCAACAUAAAUUUGUUAGCACCGAGAAAUUACAGAGAGGAAAGACAGUGCUAGACAGUGCUUUGGAAACUUACAAAGUUAUUGAAGCAGAAGUUGUUGAGAUUUUGAAAAAGUAUUUUGAUGAAACAACAGCAAAGGAGUUUCAAGCGUCGAAAGUAGCAGCUAUUAGACAACAAGUAUCAGCUAGUAUUGUCAAUAUAAAUAAAAAGAUUGCUGUGUGGAAGAAGAUUAAACUCUAAGUGUUGACUUUCAGGGACACGUGCACGUUACUCUCCAAGAAAAUGGUGAUUUUAUACGCAUGCGUGGUUGCAGUAAAUAGUAUAAUAUAAAAACCAUGUGCUUUAAAAUUAUUUGCCUCGGAUUACCCGACCACUUUGGCUUUUUCGUCAGUCGUAUGAAUGCUUUGUCGUCAAGAAAUGCGUAAAGCACUUGCCUUAACAACCGUAAUUCUUGUUUUAGCUGCCGGUGUAGCGUACUGAGAUUGUAUUUUACAGUCUGCGCAUGCUCAGCAACUAUUUGCGCGCACAAUAGUUGUGUGCACUCGCUUGAGCAGUCCAUGGAUGAUCUGAAGCAAACUAUAAUUGCAGCUAGGGAAGCCAGACUUUGUCGCUACAGAGAGAUGCCAGAAUCUGGUAACUUAUCUCCUGACACAAAGCCUUCCACCAGGGAUAGCAAAAAAUGAAAUCAGAAACAUCAAGAACCAGGCCAAGACUCACCAGUGGGAUG